UUUGACAGUUUUUUGACGUUUAAAUGGCACAUUGAAAUUUAACAUUUUUAAUUUUUAAUUAAUUAUUAAGGAAGAAUGGUAAUUCAUGCUUUCCCUGCUGCAAAACUUGGAGCUCUCUUAAUAAAACAGAUUAGUAAACCAAUCGCUAAUGCUGUCAAACAGGGUGCAAAAAGUUCGCCAAUUUUUAGGAAAUACGUAUGUCUUCCUCCUGCACAGUUCUACAACUGGUGCGAAGUCAAGGCGAAAAUGUGGCUACUUCAUCUAGGACAACCUGUGAAUAUCACAGUCUUAAAUGAAGCUGCUUCAAUUGAAUUAGGUGCAAAUCUUUUAGGUGAAACUGUCAUUUUUCUCAUAGCUGCCGGUGUUUUACUGGCUGAAUAUAAUAGGAGUAGUAAAAAAGAAGCUGCUAAAGAAGAAGCAAGAAAACUUGAAAUGCGUGAACUACAAACGGCUUUAAGAGACUUAUUCAUUCAAACAGAAGAACAAGGAGCUUACAUAAGAGAAUUGACAAGAAAAGUUGGAGAAUUAGAAACAAGAGUUGGUACCAAGUCUUCUUUACCAAAAAAUAGCCCACCAAAGGAGCCACCGCCAGAAGAUCCUUCACACUAUAAACCAAACAAUGAAAAUAUAGUUCUAGAUCAGGAAAAAGUAGCAAAUUUAGACUUGAUAGAAAGUUAUAAAAAUGAACCCCUGAAAGGAGUCAUAUUCAAAGCAAUUAGUGACGUAGAAAACAACUUUUUCUUUGAUUCUAACUGUGAAAGAAAGGAGGGUAUAAUUUCAACGGCUUUAAAUCAUAUUUAUAAAAAUGUAUAUAGGAGUCAUUUGACUUUCUGAUUCAAAUGUACAGUAUUUAUGGUGAUUUAUUAAGUUUCAAACAUGUUUAGAAUUGCCUUUAAGCUUAUUUUUUUAUUCUAAAACUCCAAAUUCAAUAAUUGCUAUUGAACAGUUUUGUGUUUCAUGAUUGGCAUUGUGUUUCAUUUGGCAGUUUAUAGGUUAAGCGUUGAAUCGAAGAAAUUAAACACCGUAUGAUGAAGUGAAUGCUAAAUUGUCACGUGAUAAUAAAGUAAUUAUUAACGUUUA